AAGAAGAAGAAGAAAAAGAAAAAGAAGAAGGCGACGGUGUGGCGAGCAACGCGCGGAGCAACGGGGAAGCCUUUUUGAGGAGAGAAGGAGAGGCGAGUAACAAGGUAGAACGUUGUUGCGACGACAACGACGACAACGAAAAGGACGAAAAGAAAGGAUCAAUCGAACGCGGCAGAAGGGAAAGGGAGAAUCUUCUACGUAAAAGGAAGAGAGACAAGGAGGCUGCUCGUGGCAAAGAAGCCGAAGAAACGGAAAGAUUCGAGAGAGAAGAUAAGCUGCGGCGAUCAAACCGAAUCGAACGAGGAGAAAGCUCUGAAAAGAGCUCUCAUCUUCUCCCUUCUCGUCCACUCUCUGCUCUAUCGAUCUCUGUCCCUUCGGUUCUAUCUCCGUUUGCCGCGGUGCACCUGUCUUCGUUCGCCUCGCGCACGCCCCGCCCCGACCAAUGGAGCGUCGAGGGGCCCGGUGACGUCAUCGCGCAGCGCAGUAGAAGGGCCUGAAGUGGUGGGGAGCAGGAUUGUCCACCACCACGUCUCGGAGGCCGUGAGAGCCCCACGGGGGCCAGCAGCUAGCUGGAAUCAGCGGCAGCGGCCCGGCCGGCCGUUGGCCGGGUUGGUGGGGGCAGGAAGAGGGGCACCCUGGUGCCCAGGAGACCAGGGCGAAGGAAGAACGCAGGGUACUCACCGAAACCCAUCCCGCAUUUCCCACCACCGGCUCGUCCGGAAAACGUGCGCCACAGAGCUUCCGGACUGGUGCUCGGAUAUCGAGUUCGGUCAAGUGAGUCGGAUCAAUUCGGGUGUACACAUCCGCGCAAAGCGGUUGAUAAUAAUCGUAAUACUCGAUUUCACACAGUUCCACGCCGUUAUUAUUGUCGCCGUUACUAUCGUUAUCGAUCGGAUCGAUUGCGCGCGGUUUUGAUCUUGGAAAACGCGGUCGGACGAUUUUCGACGAAAUAUUAUUAGUAUUGGGUGAUGGUUCCCAUAGGUUUGUAACAUAUGAUGAAAACGAUUCAGAAAGAUAAACAAUAGAGAAACGCUCUAUUUUCGAUCGUGCGAGACUUAUUGAAACUUAUACGGGUAUUAUUAUUGUCGAUAACGAAAUUGCGGAUACGCGAAAAAGAAGGAAAGGAUAGAAAGAGAAAAGAAAACGGAACAGUGAGAGAGAAUCUCCCUCCAAAGGAGACUCUCGUUAAAAGUGACAAACGGUUUCGGUGUCGGAUCAAUUUUACUAUCAUUCGAUUAGAAAUUUUUCGGAUUGUUUUGGUUCUCGCGGGUGGUGAUUAGACGUAGCUACGACGGUCACAACGGUGAUAAGAGUGCGUGCAGGGAGGGUGUGUGAUGCCCUGGUUAUGGUUAAGCGUGAGUGAGGUCAGUGGCAAGAGGAGGAAAAGAAGGACCGGCAGCUCCUCGUCAAACCUGUCGUUUUCACCGUCAUUGUUUAGGUCUUCGUUGUUCAGUUGUGGAGGAGGAGGAUCGCCGGCGGCGGUGGUGGUGGCGAGAACUCGGUGGUACCCAUCCAAGUGUUCGUGAAAGAGGUGCACGAGGAACCAGUGACCGAACAGGGUCGUCUUCGAGGCAGAGCCACGUGAUUAUGGUGCACCAUCAUCAUCGUCGUCGCGGCCUUCAGGCGAGCCAUCAUUGCGCGGUUAGGAGGCGAGGCGCGACACCCUCGCUGCUCCAGGUGUUCCUGUUGAUACUCGGCCUCUGGCUACCGGUACUGGACAACGGUGCCCUCGUCCUGGCUUGUGGACCAGGCAGGGGUGGCGGACGACGUCCAGGUUUGAGGAAACUUACACCUUUGGUGUUCAAGCAACAUGUGCCCAAUGUUAGCGAGAACACGUUGCCGGCUAGCGGGCUCAGCGAGGGACGUGUUUCCAGGCACGAUUCCAGGUUCAGAGAUCUCGUGCCUAACUACAACGCCGAUAUCAUCUUCAAGGACGAGGAGGGUACAGGAGCGGAUCGACUGAUGACACAGAGGUGCAAGGAGAAGCUGAACACUCUCGCUAUUUCGGUAAUGAAUCAGUGGCCGGGAGUGAAGUUAAGGGUGACAGAAGGAUGGGACGAGGAGGGAAAACAUGCGACGGAUUCGCUACAUUACGAAGGACGUGCCGUCGAUGUGACGACGAGCGAUCGGGAUCGCUCGAAAUACGGGAUGCUAGCAAGACUCGCCGUCGAAGCUGGUUUCGAUUGGGUCUAUUACGAGUCCAGGUCGCAUAUUCACUGUUCUGUUAAAUCGGAAUCCUCGUCUGCAGCGAAAUCCGGAGGUUGCUUCCCAGGCAAGAGCUUAGUGCGAACUUCAGACGGUUCAAUGAAGAGACUAGAUCAAGUUCAACUUGGCGACCGUAUCGCGGCGCUCGAUUCUAAUGGUGACAUCGUGUACAGCGAAGUAAUAGCCUUUCUCGACAGAUCUUUAACCGAAAGGCGACAAUUUGUUAAAUUAACUACUGAAUCUGGCCGUAUACUCACUCUUACACCAGCUCAUUUAGUUCCUGUUGAGGGUAGAUCAACUGUAUUUGCCGGCAGAGUUCGAUUAGGCGACAAAAUCUUAGUGAGAGAUCCAUCCAAUGAAAUUGAAGUGCAACAUCGUCUUAGAUGGGACAAAGUGAUCGACAAUCAACUAAUUCUCGAAGAGGGCAUCUUCGCUCCUCUGACGACCGAAGGAACGGUAUUGAUAGACGACGUGGUCGCUUCCUGUUACGCGUUUGUGGACAACCAAGAAAUAGCUCAUCUCGCGUUUCUACCGUACAGACUAUGGAGCAAUAUGAGAUCCUUCUUCGAAAGGAGGAUUUUCGACGAUGAAGAUUUGAGGUAUCAAGAUGCGAGGCAGAACUCGAAAACGAAGCAAGAAGGCAUCCUCUGGUAUGCGUCUUUUCUUUAUUGGGUCUCUUCUUACGUGACACCCACAAAAAUGCUGUAUCAGUGAAUUAAAUAUCACAUUAAUCGAGAGGAGAAAUUUGAUUUUUGAAACGCGUUUAAAAUAACCCUGUAGUGAUCUAAAAGAAUU